UCAGAAGACAAACCUAAACCAACACAUGAGAAUUCACACAGGAGAAAAGCCAUUCAGCUGUGAUGAAUGUGGACAAAGAUUUACUCACAAGACGGGCUUAAACCAGCACAUGAGAAUCCACACAGGAGACAGACCAUUCAUUUGUGAUGACUGUGGACAUAGAUUCAGUCAAAAGACAAAAUUAAACCAACACAUGAGAAUCCACACAGGAGAGAAGCCAUUCCGCUGUGAUGAAUGUGGACAAAAAUUUAGUCGAAAGGCACACUUAAACCUACACAUGAGAAUCCACACAGGAGACAGGCCAUUCAGCUGUGAUGAAUGUGGACAAAGAUUUAGUCGAAAGGCACACUUAAACCAACACCUGAGAACCCACACAGGAGAAAAACCAUUCAGCUGUGAUGAAUGUGGACAAAGAUUUAGUCAUAAGACAAACUUAAACCAACACAUGAGAACCCACACAGGAGAAAAACCAUUCAGCUGUGAUGAAUGUGGACAGAGAUUUAGUUAUAAGACAAACUUAAACCAACAUGUGAGAAUCCACACAGGAGACAAACCAUUCACCUGUGAGGUUUGUGGGGAAGCUUUUAUGUGGCUUCCCACUUUAAAAGGACACAUGCAUGUCCACACAAAAUAGAAGAGGCACAGUUGCAGGAUUUUGUUGCAAACUUGAAAACAAUGUGUUGUUUGCAGUGCAGAUAUGUGCUGGUUAGAAGAACUUCAGGGGACAGUCCAUGGGAAUUGCUCAAGAAAGGAAACUUGUUUAAUAAAAUAAGCUCAGCCUUAUUUAACCCAGGUUCUUUAAAGACCGACUUGAACAAAGGCCUCCUACAAUCUGUCUUUCUGAUCUGUCUGAUUCUCCAAGUGUUGGCCUCACACAUCAUUAGGGAUUGACCGAUAUGAAUUUUUAAGGCCGUUACCAUUUUUUUUUAUCAGCCUUAGCUGAUAACUGAUACAAGGAGUGUCCAGUUCACGGUCUGCACACUUUGAAGUGCGAAUUUGUUGGCUACAGAUGUCAUCAUGGUGUGCGAAGCGCUGUCCCAAUUAACAGAACUUGAAGUACCCUCCAAAUCCACCUUUCAAAUCCGCACUUUGUUUGGCCUCAAAUGAAGGCCACCGGUGAUGCAUCCUUCAUGGCCUCUUUUUUUCCAGAAUUGAUUGCGCACCAGACGGUGCCAAAUCAGCAACCGAGCUCAGAACAGUACGUUUUAGGUUUCAAUAAAGUUUUGUUUAAAAAGUGUUUUUUCUUUUAACUACACUUUAGUAGAAACAUUACAAAACUAAGCACAUUUAAAACAUGUUUGUUAAAUUGUGACAUUAAAAUUCUGUAAUAUUUGAUAUUCAUGGAACUUUAGGGGGAUAAUGGAGUGUGUACCCGCUGGAAAACAGCAGAGUCUCAGACUGUGUAUUUUUUAUUUAUUUAUUUUUUCCUGUCGGUGUUACCGGUUGAAGUUAACGUUCACUUAAGUGUCCUCUGUGUAAUUUCAGAGGUUUAGGUGAUUCAACGCCCUAUCUUGUUGUUAUGGGAAAUUCUUGUUGGCUAGGUAGGCUGUCCCAUUUAACGAACGUUAAGCAGACUUCGAAGUGAGUAGACUACGGCGGACACUUUGUAUCCUACGUAGUCUGCGCACUUCGAAGUGUGCAGACCCUGAAUUGGUUCACACCUACAGCCUUCAAUAUUUGGAGUCAACACUUCAUUAGCUGUUUUUGUUGUUUGCUGUUUAAUUUAGAAAAUUAGUUAAGAUGAAGGGGUUAGUGUAGGGGUCUGCAACAUUUAAAAUCCAAAGAGCCAUUUUUCCUCAAGGCCAUUUAAAUAAAACUUGUUUCGAGCCGCAAAGGUUAGGAGAUUGUUCUAGAAAAGGCAACUUAUAAUUUUUGAUAAAUAUCUACUAUAGGAAUUUUGUUGCCAUUGUUGAAGAAUCACAUUUUUAUUUCUGUUUUUAAGUUUUAAAAUAAAGAAAAACAUAAAACAUUAGCAAAAAGAAAGACCAACUUUCUUCUAUGGAAUGUAAAUAUUUGUGGAAAAUGAUUUAAAAACAUUUCUUUCAAACCUAAUGACAAGAAAAAUAGGUAAAUGGUAGGGCCUACUUUUAGUAUCAUUAUGUUCAAAUUCAAUGCUACUACAAAACACUACUUGUAAUCUCUCUCAGCCCCCCACACCUUCAGAAGUCCGACCACGGCAAGUUUUGGGUGCUCUAAGACAUUGGGCCAGGGCUGCUGGUGGGCAUUUGAGUCAGCACUGUGUUGACACCCCACACAAGUCGAGUCGGUUCAUCAUAUCUGAUUUGAAUUGUCAAGUUCUAUUUCUACUUGUUUUGUAUUCGUGCGGCCAGUAAGAUGUUUUUUUUUUUAAAUGUGUCAACUGCGGCACAAAAAAAUGUGAAUUGUGAACGUUGUAAUUUCUGAAUUUAUUAAUCAAGUUUUUAUUACUAAUACAGAAAAAUGAGAGGAAAUGUGAGUGUUUUGCUCACUGUGCUCCUCGUAUAAAAAGUUAGUCUGGAGCCCCGCUAUGUAAUGGAGAGAAAACGGUUGAGUACGGGAAGAGAUGAGUUUAUAAAAGAGAAUGCCCAAAGCGUGAGAUCUUUUUAUCUUUAAUCUUUUUAUCUUUUUCCAGCCCUCACUUUCUGAAAGGUGUACAGUCUUGUUAAGAAGUUACCAGUAUAUGUCAGAAUUGCUUUUGCUUGUAUCUUGCUUCAUAUUUUUCAAUAAAAGAUCUCAGAAUUUUCUGAGGAAAAAUCUGA